UUCCGCUCACUUGUCCGAGCGGAGGCUCCCGAGCUCGGCCAGUCUCAGCGAGUCUCUCCCAGCGUGUGGAGCCGAGCGCGACGCGGCUGUCGGCGCCCACCGAGACGGCAUGAGGGCGGCCGCCUGCCUCCGACUUUCUGGACCGCAGCGCGUCAUUCGCCGGACCGUCGCAGGUCGACAAGUUUGAUUUUAAAGCGGGUUUAUUUAUUUAUUUUUUGUUUUCUCGCACUUUCGGAGGAUAUCGAGGGGAGGAAAAACCUGAAAGGAGCAGGACUUUUUUUUUGGAGGGGGUGAGAGUUUGACUGUGGAAUUACUGCGUACAUUUUCCAGCCUACGCGGACGUACAUUGGGUGGGCUCCGGGGACGCGCCAUGCGAGCUGCGGGGGCCGCCUGAGCUGGCGUGGGGCCUCGCUUCCGUUCGCCCCGCCGGGAUGACGGCGGCGGCGGCGUGGCGUUGGCUGUGGCUGCCGUGCGUCCUGCUGCCCGCCUGCGCGGCGGCGGCGGCGGCCAGGCUGCCCGUCGCCGAGCCCGCAGAUGCCGCGUCCAGCGAGUCGGCCUUCCUGGAGGACUUCGUCCUGGGCGUCGGGGACACCCUGGAGAUGGCAUGCGACCCCGAGGAGGACUCGGCCCGGCCCGCCGUUUGGUAUAAGGACGGCGCGGCGCUGCCGCCUAGCGAGCGCGCGCGGCCCGGAUCGAGGAUGCUGCGCAUCGUCAACGUGUCGUACGAGGACUCGGGCGUGUACGCCUGCCGACUGGCCCGCAAUAACAAGCUGCUCAGCAACUACACCAUCAGGGUGACGGAUUCUCUGUCGUCUGGUGAUGAUGAAGAUUAUGAUGAAGAUCCCGAAGACGCAGGUAAUGGCAAUGAAGCCCCGUACUGGACCCGACCGGAGCGGAUGGACAAGAAGCUCCUGGCGGUGCCUGCCGCCAACACGGUCAAGUUCCGCUGCGCGGCGUCGGGCAACCCGACGCCCACCAUCCACUGGCUCAAGAACGGCAAAGACUUCAAGGGGGAGCAGCGCAUGGGCGGCAUCAAGCUGCGGCACCAGCAGUGGACUUUGGUGAUGGAGAGCGCCGUGCCGUCGGAUCGCGGCAACUACACGUGCGUGGUGCAUAACAAGUACGGCACCAUCACGCACACCUACCAGCUGGAUGUGCUCGAGCGCUCCCCGCACAGGCCCAUCCUGCAGGCGGGCCUGCCGGCCAACCAGUCGGUGGUGGUGGGCAGCGACGUGGAGUUCCACUGCAAAGUCUACAGCGACGCCCAGCCGCACAUCCAGUGGCUCAAGCACAUCGAGGUCAACGGCAGCCGCUUCGAUCCCGACGGCGGACCCUACGUCAAAAUCCUCAAGAGUGUAGUGAGCUGGCGCUCCGAGGCCCGGCACACGCUCAAACUGUCCAACGUGACAGAGCGAGACGCCGGCAAGUACUGGUGCCGCGCCACUAACUUUGUAGGCAGGUCGCAAAACGCCUUCUGGCUCAAAAUACGGCCAACAGCAGCGAGCCCGGAGAAGGAGGACUACUACGCCGACAUCCUGAUCUACGUGACGGGCUGCGUGCUCUUCAUCCUGGCCGUGGUCAUCGUUGUCCUGUGCCGCAUGCGCAUGAGCGCGCAGAAGACGCUGCCCGAGCCGCCCGUGCAGAAACUCUCCAAGUUCCCCCUCAAGAGACAGCAGGUGUCCUUGGAUUCCAACUCGUCCAUGAACUCCAACACGCCGCUGGUGAGGAUCGCCCGGCUGUCGUCCGGCGACGGGCCCACGCUGGCCAACGUGUCGGAGCUGGAGCUGCCCGCCGACCCCAAGUGGGAGUUUUCCAGAGCGCGGCUGACCCUGGGGAAGCCUCUGGGAGAGGGCUGCUUCGGCCAGGUGGUGAUGGCCGAGGCCAUCGGCGUCGACAAGGAGAAGCCCAACAAGCCGCUGACGGUCGCCGCCAAAAUGCUGAAAGAUGACGCCACCGACAAAGACUUGUCCGACCUCGUGUCCGAGAUGGAGAUGAUGAAGAUGAUCGGAAAGCACAAAAACAUCAUCAACCUGCUGGGAGCCUGCACGCAGGACGGUCCGCUCUACGUUCUGGUGGAGUACGCCUCCAAAGGCAACCUGAGGGAGUACCUGAGGGCGCGUCGGCCGCCCGGCAUGGACUACUCCUUCGACACCUGCAAAAUCCCAGACGAGCAGCUGACUUUCAAAGACUUGGUGUCCUGCGCCUACCAGGUGGCCCGAGGCAUGGAGUACCUCGCCUCGCAGAAGUGCAUCCAUCGAGACUUGGCGGCCAGGAACGUGCUGGUGACGGAGGACAACGUCAUGAAGAUCGCCGACUUCGGGCUGGCCAGAGACGUGCACAAUCUCGACUACUACAAAAAGACCACCAAUGGUCGUCUCCCCGUCAAGUGGAUGGCACCGGAGGCUCUUUUCGACCGGGUCUACACUCACCAGAGCGACGUGUGGUCCUACGGGGUGUUGCUGUGGGAGAUCUUCACCCUGGGGGGGUCACCGUAUCCGGGCAUCCCCGUGGAGGAACUCUUCAAACUGCUCAAGGAGGGACAUCGCAUGGACAAACCUGCCAACUGCACGCACGAGCUGUACAUGAUCAUGCGCGAGUGCUGGCACGCCGUGCCGUCGCAGAGGCCCACCUUCCGACAGCUGGUGGAAGAUCACGACCGCGUUUUGUCCAUGACGUCCACCGAUGAGUACCUGGACCUGUCGGUUCCACUGGAGCAGUACUCGCCCACGUGCCAGGACUCCACCAGCACGUGCUCUUCGGGCGACGACUCGGUGUUCGCCCACGACGCCCCGCCCGAUGAGCCCUGUCUUCCCAAGCAGCUGCCCCCCGCCGCCAAGGCCCCCGUUCACGCAUAAAACCUCAGGUGGGGGCGGCCCGCCUCCCCCGACCCCUCCCGAUAAUCACCUCACUUCACCGAGUGCACCCGGUAGGAUGCAAAAAAAAACCCUUUCGCUGGGCUCGGGGAAACUUUGAAGGAUUUUUUUUUUUUUAACCACAAAGUUUAUUUUUCUACACGGCCAGUCUUUUGUUACGGGGGGAAAAAAAUGGGAAAUGGAGGCGGGGUAACCAUUCUGUGCCUACAAAGAUGGAAGCUCCCGGAUUGGGGAAAUCUUCCAAAGGUCGGACUCGACGUUCUUCCAGUUCCUCCAACGAGUCGGCCUCACUCACGAGUUCCCUGAAGACGGACGAAAUCGUGGAAAUCGAAACAAAGAGGCGUUCCAUUGUCAUCUAGCAUCCUAAACUGAAAAAAAAAAAAAAAAAGACACUGUCGUCGGCAAAAUGUUUGAAGUCUAUGAAAAUAUGAAA